CUGGAGCCAACCCAACACAAAGAAACUACUACACUACACUGCAUUACACGCAUUACAUCAACCGAACUACCCUAUCCCUAUUCGUGUCUUCUGCUCCGUGCUUCUGCUCACAGCUUCAACAGUGCCAACGACACUCGACAGUGCUCUUCCUGACGCUCAAACAAAAUGGCGACGAACAACGAAGUACCGGCAGAUAUUAGUGCUAGUAAUACUACAUUGUCCGAUAACUCGACAUCAAAAAUGGAAACAAUGGAAGUAUCGGACUCUAUGACAUCGGCAUCGAAAGAUGCUGAAAAUGCUGGUUGCAAUCAUAAACUGGUGCCGGUAGACGAAAUGACUUCGAGGGAUUAUUACUUUGAUUCUUAUGCUCAUUAUGGCAUACACGAGGAGAUGUUGAAAGACGAAGUUCGUACAAUAACUUAUCGUAACUCAAUGUACCACAACAAGCAUCUGUUCAAGGGUAAAACGGUACUGGACAUUGGUUGCGGUACUGGUAUUUUGUCCAUGUUUGCUGCAAAGGCAGGGGCAGCCAAAGUAAUCGGUAUCGAGUGUUCCAACAUUGUGGAGUAUGCAGAAAAAAUAGUGGAGGCUAAUCAUUUAUCAGACAUUGUAACAAUAAUUAAGGGAAAAGUGGAGGAGGUUGUUCUGCCUGAUGGCUUGGAAAAAGUGGAUAUUAUAAUAUCAGAAUGGAUGGGUUACUGUCUGUUCUACGAAUCGAUGCUCGACACUGUUCUAUUCGCCAGGGACAAGUGGCUACGCGAAGGUGGAAUGUUGUUCCCGGAUAAGGCAACUCUGUUCAUCUGUGGCAUAGAGGACCGUCAGUACAAGGAUGAGAAGAUCAAUUGGUGGGACGAUGUUUACGGUUUUGAUAUGUCGAGCAUCCGUAAAGUGGCGAUAAGCGAGCCUCUCGUGGACGUUGUUGAUCCCAAACAAGUUGUAACGAAUGCAUGUCUUAUAAAAGAAGUUGAUCUUUACACAGUAACUAAGGCUGAUCUCGAAUUUUCAUCACCGUUUAGUCUACAAGUCCGCAAAGACGAUUACGUACAAGCUCUCGUCACGUUCUUUACCAUCGAAUUCACAAAAUGUCAUAAGCGCAUUGGUUUUAGCACAGCCCCUGAAGUACAAUACACCCAUUGGAAACAGACUGUAUUCUACUUUGACGAGUUUAUGACUGUGAAAAAAGGCGAGGAAAUUUGCGGUGUGUUCUCGAUGAAACCAAACGCUCGUAAUUAUCGUGAUCUUGAUUUCAGUAUCGAGCUUGAUUUCAAAGGUGAAUUGUGUCAAGUUCACGAAACAAAUACUUACCGUAUGCGCUGAUAUCCCUUUCCUUUGACAUACUAUUAAGAUUCGGAGAUGUUGAUUUCUUUCCUCCCAUCUUCCUCGUUACAAUAGCCUUCGCUGCACCUCACAUAAAAUAUUUUCUAUUGUCUAUUUUAGCAAGAUUGUUUAAUUUAUCCCUCGUACAGUUCACGGUAUUUUCUAUUGAGCUGAUACUGUCUCUUGCCUGUUGAGUUCAUCCAACAGAAAAUAAAAAAAAAAUCCAAUUUGUUUCAACGAUCAAGACGAUUAGUAGCAAUUUCAAAAAUCCUCCCCUCAUUCUAGGAAUAACUAUGAAAUACAUGAGAACGCAUGAAGAGAUGCGUAUAUCCGUUAUGAUCGAUCGUGAAUCGUGGAUUCCGUACUCUAUUAUUAAUCAGAAUUUAGAGCUCGUACUAUAGAUUUUUAAGAAACUGUAUGAAAAUGUGUCCGUACAGUCGCUAUUUGAUAGAUAAAACAAAGCCAAAAUCUAGUGGGAAAUUGAGUGAAUGAAGCUUUAUCAUAACUAGGACAAUUCCUUUGAAUGAAUAAAUUAAAACAACCAGUGUAAAAAUGCUUCGAUGAAACUGCGGUUCCGUGGCUCUUAAUAACAACGCCUUUCACUUUACGAAUACAAUUCUUUUUAAAUCCAAUAUUGAAACAACGACGUGCCCGAAAAACUAGAAGAGCUUUGUUACGACUGUUGGUCAUUAUGAAAAAAGAAGAGCGACGAACGUGGUAUUGUCAUGUGCAAACGAUUAUGAAUGAACAACUCGAAAGGAAUAAACACAAAUUUUGCGUUUGUGCAGAACUGUAUACCUGCGAAAAAUUUUCGCUCUUUUUAUCGUCACACGAUCACAUACAGUUAUAUACAUGUAAAGAUAAUAAAGUUAAUACGUUUGCUAUC